AUGGUUCUCCUCAUGGUGACUACUGCAAAGGCACGUCCUUGUAGGGCAUUUAUAAUUACCUCUUACUCCAUCGACGACACUUCCUCAAAUACCAUCAUCAGCAUCACUAAGAUCCAGUCCUUCAUCCCUCUUAAUAUCAUCGAAAACCCCCCCUCCGACCUCUUCUACCUUUCAGAACUCGAGCGUAUCAUCCCAUGUGUCCCCCUAGGAUUAUACUCUGUUUACCACUACUCUUCCCUUUAUGAUCGUGCCAAGGACGUCGGUAACGUUGCCCUAGCUCUCUUCCUCGCCGUUGUUUGUGGCGUCAUAAACACCUUAAACAUGUAUUUUAUUAAUUUGUCUUGUUACAAUCUCCAAGUAGAGGAGAGAAAUUAUUAUCAUCGAAGUAUGGAGCGUCUGUGGAACGAAUUGAAAAGCAGAAGUCAUGGUUGA